UUGCUGUUUAGUUAAGUUUAGGUGGGCUUAUUUUGUUUUGGUUAGCUACCGGGUCUGGUCUUUUGUUAACAAUGCGACAGUUAAUGAGCAGUUUAGCAGGAAAGAAAUAUUAGUCUGUAACAGUUUUGGCUAUGGGGUCACUGAAGUUCUUCGUUGGACAAGAAAAUUCAGCGACGGCAGCCACAGUCGCAGAGGCCAAGUUGGUGUGCCAGGGAGUAAACAACCAGAGCUACAUCUGUGAGUCGGGUCACUGCUGUGGAGAGACACAGUGCUGCAGCUACUACUAUGAACUGUGGUGGUUCUGGUUGGUGUGGACUCUGAUCAUUAUCCUGACAUGCGGCUGUAUUUGUCACCACUGGCGCUCCAAGCAGCGAUUCCAGCAGCAGCGCCGGCAGAACGAGAUCAACCUCAUCGCCUACAGAGAGGCUCACAACAACUUUCACCUACCACUCUAUCUCAGAUUCUUACCCACCUAUCUGCUACCGGCCUACGAUGAAGUAGCUGACCGCCCAGUCACGCCUCCUCCCCCCUACACCCCUCUUCAGUCAGCACCUCCCCCCACAGACCCCCCUGAGGAAUCUCCAUGCCCCAACUCGGCUGUUUCCGUCCCUAGUGAUGUUGAUGCAGCGCUCCAUGCUACUCCAGAGGUCAUGCAGACCCACCUUGAAAGCGCUUACAACCCCAACAAGGACUCAACGCCGGGCAGGUACCGGCGCUUCACAGGAGAUUCUGGGAUUGAAGUGUGUGAUUGCCAGGAGCUGUGGGAUCAACACGGCUUUUUAGAAAGAGAAGAAGAGGAAGCGGGAGCGGAGCAAAUGGAGGAGCCAUGUGAGCCCUGUGUUCCCCAGACCUUUGAUCACAGUCAUAUUAGUGAUGCAGUCAUUCAUGAAAACACAGAUGGACAACAGAGUGGAUACAGAGGCAAAGUCUCGUAGGUAAUCCAGAAUAAUGUCUUAAUAUCUGCAGUCCUGGAAAAAAAACUGCGGCAAAUGCAAUUUUAUACCUUUGGAGCUCAGGGUUUUGGUCUGUUUGUACAUGUGUAACUGUGUGUGACAGGCCUGGAGACAAAUGAAAGGUAUGACUAAAUACUUCAACAAUGUACAAAAAUUGAAAGCUACUAUUAUGAAGAGAAAGUAUGUUUUUAGCCAAAUUCCUCGCCUCGUCAUUUUCAAGUUAAAAUUUAGACAGUUGCUACUCAUGUUGAUGAGCUGUCUGCUUUGAAAAUUUCUCCUGUCAUGAGGCAGCACUGAUAUUUGUGUUUUUUCAUGUUUACUUACACCGUGUCCUAACUGAAUAUGACACGAGCGAGUUUGAUUGCACUGUUGGAAAGCCCUAACUGGACGCGAGAGACGUGGUGUGCCUUUGUAUUUCUUCCUGUCGCUCGCGUUCCCGUCGCGCUGCAUGGGCGAGAAAUGGUUGCUCAAUGAAGUUGAAAUGAGUUAUCUAUGCAGUGGUGGCAGCUGGCUGGAGGGUGAUUGCCAUGAAUCUGAAGGAACGCAGCAUGUUCAAUGUGUCACGCUCUCCCAGCGACAAUGACACCCCCAGAUACAGCUGGUAGCAACGUCUCACACUCAGGUACAAAACACAGGUGAGCUGGCAUUCACCUUUUAUAGUGAAGUGAAAUUAAUGUCACAGAGCGGUGACAAGAUUUGUGGCAAAGGGGUUGGAAUCAGAACCCAAAUUCGAUAUGAACCGGAUUUGAUAAAUAGAAUCGGAUUCAGAAUCAGAAUUGAUCCAACUGAAUUUAGAUACCAACCCCAAAUAGAGACACUGUUUCUAAACAACGUCAUUUGUUCUUGGUUCGUUCUUAUAUGCUGAUAUUGAUAAACUGCAUCAGUAAUGAGCUUAAAUCAGCCUGCUGAGCUAGUGGUAGCUAUCUCUUUAAUAUCUCAGGUUGUAGUUGUCCAUGUAGGGCUUUGUAGAAAACUCUGAACUGCAGCUGAGCUGAUGACAGAGCCAUUGCAAAGAUGCAUUUUGUAACCUUUAAGGACAAUUGUCUUAUGAUUGGAAGUUAUUAUCAUAUUGAUUCUGACCAUUUAAACAUGCUUGCUCUGAUCAAAAGUAUUUAAAAUCAAGUCAAUUCAAGAAAUGCACUGGGUGUGAACUUACAGGGCUGUCACUUUGUCUGAGUGACAAACUACAGGAUCACUCGGAGUGCAAACCAAAGCCAAAGCCUUCCAGCAGCUAGCUGGAAGCAGUCUGUGCAAUAAAGCAGAUUACACUGUUUAACCCUAUUGCAGUAAGGCAUUCCCCUUCUAUUCUGAGAAUAACUCAUAUCAGGGUUGAUAUAUCCAUCUAGAAAAACAGUGAAACAGGUGAAAUAGGGAACUUACUGAAUUUUGACAAGAGCUAAUUGAAAAAGAUGUCGGAACAACAAAGGCGGUGUCAUCUCUGUGGAGGGUUGUUUUCCAAAUUUUAGAAAAAGCACCAGUUAGUCAAGUGUGACACUACAGGGCUUCCUGCCCUUCCAGAGCACCGGCUUUGUUCUUAACAGCCUUUUGGUAUCGUCAACCAGGACAGGUGUGAACUGACGAGCCAAUCAACAUUUUUGAAAAACAAAGUAUGAAGACAGUAAAUGUGCCUACAUUUCUAGUGAGGGAAAACGAGUACAUGCAGAAUGUUGCAAGAAAACUCCUAUUGUGCUGAAAUGUUCUUUAUAAAGUCUUUAAAAACCACGAGCAUGUUUGUACACUGCUCCAGUUCUUUAGUAAAUGAUGAGUUUUCAGCGCCCUGUUGAUGAUCAUUAGACCUUGCUUGAGUCUUCAGUCACCUGUCACACUGAUGUUACAUGAGGCAUUCUUUUCUGAUACCAUAGUGCCAUAAUGUGUAGCCUUUGAGUAGAGAAUAUUUAGGUGAACUUAAUUAAAGCUGUGGAGUCUCUUUGUCUAAGAGUUGAUAUCUGAGUAACCCUUCAGUGUACUCAAUGAUACAUUCUUUGUCAUUUAAUUAAUGCCAUAUUAUGCAGAAUUUGUGUUCCUUGUAGUUUGCCAAAAGGUUCUGCACACACCUACACACAUCUUAAAAUCUUACCAUCCGUGUGUUUAUUCUUCUAGGACACACUACAGGUUUGUGUUGGAUGUAAUCCAUAAGUGUGUGUAUACACAGGGAAUGAGUGACCGUGGUGCAGCCCUUUAUACACUCCGUGUAGACAUGUCUGGCUGUUGGGAGGCUGACAAUAAAACCCAAACCUUACACUGCACUGGGGGAACUUUCUCCAGUUGAGUCAGUCGAGAACUUUUCCACAUAUGUAGCAUUGAAUUGUGGUGUGCAGCACCAGGUGCUUCACUAUAUGUAGAUUUGUAUGCUCUUUAUUAAAUAUUUUUCUGUCCAUUUUGUAUAAAUAUGGUUAUUAAAAGUUAUGGAGAACACAUGGCCACAUUGUCUUUUUUCUGUGAGACUUAAAAUGAUGAAAUAUGAUGAUUUAAUACAAAUGUAAUUUUUGAAAAUGAUAUAUCAUUACUAUACACUACAUUUGUGGCUUUCCUGAUGAAGACCCUGCAGGUCGAAACGUUGCACUAAUAAAAACUAAAUAAAAGGAGCUUUGAAACUGUG